GGAGACGGGAGAGGAGAAAUAGGGGCGCAUGCGCACGCCGCCCGGGUGCAGGCGCCGCAGCUACUACAGCCCGCUGUUGUUGCCGUGCGAGAGAGCGAGAGCAGUAGCGGCGCGAGCGAGAGGGGGGAAAGAAGCGAAAGUCCGUCUCGCGCUCAGGGAACAGUGGCGGGAGGAGCAGCAGCAGCAGCAAGCAGCUUAACCGCCUGCUUGCCUGCUUCGCGCGCGCCCAGCGUUCGGCCGGCCCUGAUUGGCGCGCGCGCCUGCCUCUCGUUCCAUUGCCACCUUUCCCUCUUUCCUCUCUCUCUCUCCCGUUCCUCCUCCUGUUUUGUUUUUGCGUUUCUCUCUCACCUUCAGCGCGCGGUCGGGAUAAACGAGAGAUAACUUUGCUGCCAUUAUUACUACUGUUAUUUUGAUAAAAGUCCAAGCCAAGAAUUAAAAAGAAGAAGAAAGAUGGUGGACCGCGAGCAGCUGGUGCAGAAAGCCCGGCUGGCUGAGCAAGCCGAGAGAUACGACGACAUGGCGGCUGCCAUGAAGAACGUGACGGAGCUGAACGAGCCCCUGUCCAACGAAGAGAGGAACCUGCUGUCAGUGGCCUACAAGAACGUGGUGGGGGCCCGGCGCUCCUCCUGGAGGGUCAUCAGCAGCAUCGAGCAGAAGACCUCGGCCGACGGCAACGAGAAGAAGAUCGAGAUGGUGCGGGCCUACCGCGAGAAGAUCGAGAAGGAGCUGGAGGCCGUGUGCCAGGACGUGCUCAGCCUGCUCGACAACUACCUGAUCAAGAACUGCAGCGAGACCCAGUACGAGAGCAAAGUCUUCUACCUGAAGAUGAAAGGGGACUAUUACCGCUACCUGGCCGAGGUGGCCACGGGGGAGAAGAGGGCGACGGUGGUGGAGUCCUCCGAGAAGGCCUACAGCGAAGCCCACGAGAUCAGCAAGGAACACAUGCAGCCCACUCACCCCAUCCGCCUGGGCUUGGCGCUUAACUACUCUGUUUUCUACUACGAGAUCCAGAACGCCCCCGAGCAGGCGUGCCACCUGGCCAAGACGGCCUUCGACGACGCCAUCGCCGAGCUGGACACCCUCAAUGAGGACUCCUACAAGGACUCAACGCUCAUCAUGCAGCUCCUGCGCGAUAACCUAACGCUCUGGACAAGCGACCAGCAGGACGACGACGGUGGCGAAGGCAACAACUAGGACCCCGCCCCCCCCUCCGGAUGGACUGGCAGCCGCACGCUGAUGCUACUACUGCAGUCUUUAAUUUUGUUUUCCCACGAGGUGUGGGGGGGAGGGGGUCGGGUGGGGGAGGGGGACAAAAACAAAAACAAAACACAAAAAGGAGGGGCGACCUUCCAGGGAGGCUCCCCCCGCAACCUGUCUUUGAUUGCCUCUUUUGACACUUUUGCCAAAACACAACUUAGCGGGAAAGGUCAGGCUUGGCUGUGCUUGGGUGGAAUGGAGUAACUCGAUUGUGGCAGCCUCACAAUGGCGAAUGGACUGUUCUGUAGACUUAUUAAUUCAAGGGGGAGCUGUCUUUUAAGUUAUCUUAAUCGCUAGGCGUACGUGGAAGUUGACGAUGACUAACUUGGAUGGAAUGGCCCUCUCUUUCGUUGUUGGGGUUUAAUUUUGUGUGUGUAUGUGUGUGUGCGUGUGUUCGUUUGAGAGAAGCAGUUCUGUGGUUCCAGUAAGGUUUCCCAUCCGUCUGUCCCUCGAGUUAAAAUGUCCCCUGCCUUUUCCGUUGUCGAGGUGCAUCUGUGUGUGUCUCCUCUCUGAUAUCUGCCCCGAACUUUUGGAACGCUCAUUACAGCAUAAUUUCAAAGCGGGAGGAAAGUCCUAGGCUCCAAACCCAUAAGAGCCCAUCUAGUCAGGAUGCUUGAGACAGCUUUCAGUAUUAUUGCUAAAUUGCAGUUUUAACAGUGUUUUCUACAUGACAGCCAUAUUUUUGACACCGAGCCAUUGAGUGUAAACCUUUUCUUGCUUGCUUUUUCUGGCUUGCCCUUGCAACCUUAACACCUGCAGAUGGGCUUCACCCACCUGACUCGGUUUCCCCAGUUGCCCAAAGGCCACCUGAAGAACAUCCAUCUGUUGGCCAUUCUGUUGGGUGCUUCGUAAGCAGCUAUAAAGUCCCAAGAGGCCACCCCCAGCAAGAAGCGUUCAUAAUAUAAUUGGUCAAAGGAGGAGCUGCUGAACUGUAAUGUAAUUUGACUAAUUCAGGUCUGUAUGUCUCAUACUGUACCUGGUAUAUUCCAAGACCAUGCUGAUUUCUUCCAUUUUUUAAAAGAAGGUGAAGGUGUCAUGGCCCCUUCUGCAGGAAUCAUGCUGCCAUUGUGAUUAUAAUCUGACCCCCCCCUUCUGUUCCAGAAGAUUAUGGCAGAUCCCUGGUUUCCCGUUUACUAAAGCCGGGUCUCUUGAUCUGUGGGAAGUCUGUGGUACGAAGUGAAAUGAUGUGGAAUUGUAGUAAUUUCAUAAAGGUGAGAGCUUGCUUGCCAGUGUUUGUUUGUUUUUAAAAAAACACCCCCCAAAAAACCCCUUAGGCACUCUAGGACUUGUAGAGAAUCCGUUCACAUACAGGUCUUGAUUCCUUGAAGGAAAAAAAAAAUAGGAAAUUAUGGUAGCUAAUCAAGUCGUUUUCUGUCAUUUUUCUACCCACCCACCCUUUUUUUGAAAAGAGAGAAAACAGAUUGAUGGUUUUCCUUCUCUGGUUGCCUGCUUUUGUUCACCAGGGGCUGCACAGAAGGAGAAUGGCCUCCAAUGGAGCCUUCCCCUGUGCAACACCAUUUGUCUUCCCCUUGUGGAGAUGAAUGACUCCAUUUGACACAGUGCCGUGUUUUUUUUUGUGCUCACGUUGUUUGAUGCUUUGGGCAGUGGGGGUGAGCUGCUUUGGUGGCCUGCGAGUCUCAAAGGCUGUCUGGGUUUAAAAGCGAAUCAACAACAGGCAAAACGCUAGCAAGUCCAGCAUUAAAGUAUCCAAGCAGCUGCAUAAAAAACCCCAAAACUUUUGUUGCAUCGUGAGAGUUCGCACUCGGUGACUUUUCCAUUCUUCUUCUUCUUCUUCUUUUGAGCCACCUCGGGGAAAGAGCCACGCCAAAAUCCCAUGGCUUAUCUUACGUUCUGUGGGAUCGAAGUAGAGGAGGGAGAGGCUUGCAACCUGGGUAGAUGGACGGGAACCUUUUAGGAAAUGUCGCAAGACUACUUUGGAGGCCAUGUCUAGGCUUCUGUUUGGUUUGCAAUCAUGUAGUGUGAGCAAUGAGUCUCCCUGGCUUUGAAUUGGAAGUGAUUUACUGGAAUUACAAAACCUUUUCUUGAUGAUGAUGAUGAUGAUGAUGAUUUUUAUUUUUUAUUUUUGCUCUGGCUGCUUUAGGAAAACUUUAUGCAGGGGGGAAAAGAUCGCACAAGAGGGCUAAAACCUACGGAGUCGCGGGUGGGGUGGGGACUUGUGAGCAGCUUGAAUGGUUUCUUUCGAUUUGUUUUGUUUUGUUUUGUUAAGGAAAUGCACUUGCCUAUAUGAUAACUGUCUCUCCAGUGAAAUGAAUAACUGCUCCAUUAUUCUAUUGAUACAAUAUUGUGCAUGCUGGUGUUGUAUUUCUAUAAAGUAGCUUGAAAUUUAUUAACUUAUACUGUAGAUGUUAUGUAUUCCUAUGACAAAUAGUCUUCAACAAUUUUUUAAAGUUUUUUAAUUUAUUUUUUCCCCUCCUAUUUUUUUCCCUUCCUUUUUUGGGGGUAAAAGUUUGCUCUACCAAAUAGUGAUCGUAACGAAACUGAUCUGUUAUGGAUGUUGCUAUAGUGACAUGCAAUUAUAUAUGAUUUUUUUUAAAAAAAGGAAAGCAAAAGAAAACACCAGUGUUAGCUUAAUCUUAAUGUCUGGUGUUCGUCAUGGUGAAAUUAUAACUAUUACAGUGUAGGGGAAAAAUGACUAUGUUCUUCGAAUGAGCCUUUGUUUGUGCUUUUCUGUCAUGUUAUGCAGUGAACUCUUUUUAAGGUCUAAUCAGUGAUUAUUUUUCCAACUCCGUGUUUCUGUAAGGAAUUAUUUCACACACGGACCAUUCUUAGCAGUUUUCCUCAGUGAUGGAAUAUCAUGAAUGUGAGUCAUUAUGUAGCCGUCGUACAUUGAGCAAAUAAACUUACAGAUCUGA